AUGUGGCUGGGUGGGGCGGUGAAGGGAGACGAGGGAGCUCGAGUGGUGACAAGAAUCGCACUUCACACGCCUGUGAACCCUGCCGCACAAGGAAAACAAAGCGAAAUUCGGUAUCUCCAAGAACGGGUUGACACAUACGAAAAGGCCCUUGAGACAAUAUAUGCAAGCGGCAAAAUAGACAACCAAGCGAAGCUAGCUAUCGUAGCUGCACUCAGAGAGUCUUCAAACUGGGAGCGAAUCGAGAAAACCUUAAAAUCCUAUGACGAUACGAAGAAUGAAGUAUCGGCACAGGAGGGUUCGAGGGGCUUUAUGCGACUCGACAAGGUGGCAGAUGACUUCGGCGGGUCUACCGAUUUCCCGCACUCAUAUCUCGGCACGAGCUCAGACAUGUCGUGGUUGCAAACAAUAAUUGACGAUGGAUCGUCUGGGACACCACGGAGUACGCAACAAACAGAACAAGAGGAAGGCUCAAGAGAAAUAAUAGGGCAGGGUGGGGAUAUUGGCGAAGCCCUGGAAACAGCGAGAGCCACGAGCGAAGGAUUACGAUCCUACCAUCUAGACGACCUAACGCCGUACGUUCCAUUGCCAAGUAUUGACGAGUGCUUCGGGCGCCCCGAGCGCAAGAUCGCAGAUACUUUGCUUGAUGUCUUUUUUAGCACUGUUCAGCUAGCAUUUCCGAUUGUCUUUCGGCCGAAAUUCAUGAAAGAGUACGAAUCAUAUAUGGUCCACCAUAUUGAACCCCAGCCAAUCCGGACCUGGCUGGCAUCCUUAAAUACUAUUAUGGCGAUUGGGUCUUUUUACUCGCAGCUCACAGACGCAAGCUGGAAAAGCGAGCCGAACAAUCAUCUAGCAUAUCUUGGACGAGCAAAAAGGCUUUUCUUUUGCAAUGAGAUCUUGUUUAACAAUCCUGAUCAGCGACAGGUACAAGCACUCGGCCUUCUUGGUAUCUAUCUGCUUGCGACCAAGCAGGUCAACCGGUGUUGGAAUGUUGUCGGUCUUGCAAUUAGGAACAGCUAUUCGUUAGGUCUCCAUCUUUCUAGCGAUCUUACUAGACUAAACAGGGUCCAGCAAGAAAUUCGUUACCGAAAAUUUUACACUCUGAUGUCACUAGAACGGCUAUGCGGUAUACUUACUGGGCGACCCACGUACAUGGACGACAAGAGAUACAACAUCCCUGCCCUGAGCGGAAUAAACGAAGAUGCCCUGAGCGAAAUCCUCGAAGCCAAAAGCAAAACCACCGAGGGCUCGCAAUACGAUAUCAUUGGCCGGUCUUUCGAUUCUUUGGCUCAUAGUGACCAAUCCGAGGGCCAAGUUCCUGAUUUCGACCAGCACAAUGGGUUUUUCUCGCAGAGCACAAAGCUUUACAAAAUAGGCUUAGAAAUUCUGAACAAGAUAUACUGUGCAGGAGCAGUAAGCCUGACUUGGCGCGAAGUUGAACAAAUCAUCACGUCUACUACCUCGAAGCUCCAAAAGUGGAAGAAUGAGGUCCCCGCCGAUCUUUUUUCACCACAAGUGACCCCAGAACCAGAUCUACAAGUCCAACGAAAAAAAGUAUUGUUGUAUUUGGAUUAUCUCAAUACACUUGUCCUGCUCAAUUGGCCAUGCCUGUGUCGAGUCAAAGCCAUGGAAGCCGCUCAAUCACGCCAGUUCAACAGAGCAGCGUCGAUAGCAUGUGUUACGGCAGCAUUAGACAUCAUCAAACUGCUACCAGAUGAUAUUCGCCCAACAGAAUUUUGGGCCGUAUUCCCUUGGUGGAUUGUUCUUUAUUACAUUGUUUCCUCUGGAAUGAUCGUGAUGAUGGAAAUGACCCUUCAAGCCGAACACAUCCCCGAUCAAAAAGAACUACUGAUGGCAUCCGGUAAAAAAGUCCUACGAUGGCUCGACUAUAUGGGCCAGACCGAUCUUGCUGCAAGACGGAGCUGCAAGAUGCUCACAGAUUUGAUGACAUCUGCAGCCCCACGCAUUGGACAUACAUAUAACGCUCCAGAAUAUGCAACCGGCCAAACAGAGCAGCAUCCACAACAGGAUGCCUACUUCUUAGGCCCCGAAAACCCUGGAACGCUAUUUGGCCACAACGAAUGGGACACUAGUUCACCCCAGGCAGUGCAAGGAUUUGACCCUCUCUCGGGCGCCUCUCCCGAUUUUUUUGAUCCGCGGCAACAUCAUACCCUCCUUGGCGUCCCUGGAAUCAAUAUUCUCGCACGCACGGGUUACGACAAUAUUGGCCUACUCUCGAGCUUUCCAUUCCAAACUAUUGCUGACGACCCAACUGCCACUUUGAACCCCAUGCAGCUAGGGAGCACGGAUGCACGUAUGUGGAAUUGGCAAGGCUUCCCAGUGCCACUACCUCACAGUGAGGGGCACACCCCGUCACAGGAAUUCUCGCAGCAGAUCUAUCCAAUAGGAUCGAGUUUUACACCUGGCUACCCAGUUUACGACGAGACCACUGAAGACUACCGAACUUCUGAGGUUGAGCAGCAGUUUACGGGGACGUCAGCACCGUCUCCUUCCCAGCCACUAGCGGGCGACCCGCACUAUCAGCAGCGUCAUCAUCCAUCCCAAUAG